CUCAAACCACGUGGCCGCUUAAUAGACCGGAAGUACCCUUCCAAGAUGUCUGCGCCCGAUGAGCACGCGUUAAACCGAGGAGAAGAAGACGAGAUGGCAGAGAUGGAGGAAGAGGAGGAGGACGAAGGGGUAGAGAUGGAGGAAGAAGGAGCGGACGGAGACGCGGAAAAGAAAGUGUACGUCCCCGGGAUCGAGCCACUUCAGCCCGGAGAGGAGCUGGAGAUGGACCGCUCUGCCUACCGCAUGUACCACGAGUGCCAAACAGGUGCUCCGUGCCUGAGCUUCGACGUGAUGAAGGAUGGAGACGGAGACGGCAGGCAGCAGUUCCCCCUGUCCAUGCUGCUGUGCGCGGGCACGCAGGCAGAAACUGCCUUGAAAAACAGACUUCUGGUGAUGCGCAUGCACAACCUUCAUGGAACAGAGAAGGAAAACGAAGAGGAGGAAAGCAGCGAUGAGGAAAGCGAUGAAGAGGAGGAGGAUAAGAAGCCACAGCUGGAGCUGGCCAUGAUGCCUCACUAUGGAGGGAUUAACAGAGUUAGAGUGACCCAGUGUGGCGAGCUCCCAUUGGCUGCAGUGUGGUCGGACAAGGGACAGGUGGAGAUAUUCGACCUUCGCCCUCAGCUGGAGGCCGUCCACAGUUCUGCUGCCAUGGCGACGUUCGUCCAGCAGCAGAAAGAAGCUACACCACUGUUCAGCUUCUCAGGACACAUGAGUGAAGGGUUCGCAAUUGAUUGGUCCCCUAAAGUCCCAGGUCGCCUCGUCAGCGGCGACUGCAGAAAGAACAUCCAUGUGUGGGAGCCUCGCGAGGGCGGAACCUCGUGGCAGAUCGACCAGAGACCGUUCAGCUCCCACAGCCAGUCGGUGGAGGAUCUGCAGUGGUCUCCCACCGAAGCCACAGUUUUUGCGUCUUGCUCUGUUGAUCAGUCCAUCCGUGUCUGGGAUAUCCGCGCCCCGCCAAACUCGAUGCUCUCAGCCAACGAGGCUCAUUCGUCGGACAUCAACGUAAUCAGCUGGAACAGGAGCGAGCCGUUCCUGCUGUCAGGAGGGGACGACGGACUCCUGAAGGUCUGGGACCUGCGACAGUUUAAGACGGGUCGUCCGGUGGCCAGCUUCAAGCAGCACUGCGGCCCCGUCACGUCCGUGGAGUGGAGCCCCGUGGACUCGAGCGUGUUCGCCGCCUCCGGGGCUGACGACGUCAUCAGCCAGUGGGACCUCUCCGUGGAGUCCUGCGACGUGGGUGCCAGGGUGGAGGGGGUGAAGGAUCUGCCCCCGCAGCUACUGUUCCUGCACCAGGGUCAGUCGGAGAUCAAGGAGAUCCACUGGCACCCGCAGAUGCCCGGCGUGAUGAUCUCCACAGCCCUGUCAGGGUUUAACGUCUUCAGGACUAUAUCUGUGUAGGGCGUGGAUCUGUGUGUGUGUGUGUGUGUGUGUGUGUUUUGCAUUUAGUCGUAAAUAUGUGAAUGGAGCUUGUAAUAAUGUACAUAACCUAACUAUGUAAGUAAGAACUCUAUUUCUGACAAUUACUGGCAGAGAAAAGCGCAUAAUAAAUUUUCUGUAUGUUCUACAGAUGUGCAAACCAUUUUAGACAUUUCCUUUUGCACGCCAACAAUAAACUGUUUAAAUUCUGA